ACAACAAUAAGGAAGUAGGAAGAGAAGUCCCGAGCUGCAAAAUGCAAUAGUCACGUUAAAUAUAUUAGAAGUGAUUUAUAAUUUUUCGACGCGCUCAAGUUUGGAUUAUUAUGCGAUAGUUUUCGUUCUCGACAAGCGACAGUAGCGAUGGAGGGCUCCAAGUCGUCGAGCACGACCAUGCAGGUGAGCUUCGUGUGUCAGCGGUGCUGUCAGCCGCUCAAACUGGACACAUCCUUCAAUGUGCUCGACCGGGUCACAAUCCACGAACUUAUUGCUCCGUUGGUCACCGUGACUCCCAGUAAACAGGCUGACAGCACUGACGGGGAGACAGCACCAGAGGAGAACUUUGUAGAAAACAAGCAAGAUGGAGUGUCAAGGAAAUACAUCCCUCCUGCACGGAUGAUGUCCACAGAGAGCGCCAACAGCUUCACGCUGAUCGGAGAAGCAUCGGAUGGUGGCACCAUGGAAAAUCUUAGUCGUAGGUUAAAGGUGACCAGUGACUUGUUUGACAUCAUGUCGGGCCAGACAGACGUGGACCACCCGCUGUGUGAGGAAUGUACUGACACCCUGCUGGACCACCUGGACACGCAGCUCAACAUCACAGAGAACGAAUGCCAGAAUUACAAGCAGUGUCUGGAGCUGCUGUCACACCUGCAGGUGGAGGAAGAGGAGACUCUGCUUGCAGAGCUGCAUCAGCUGAAGGAGGAGGAGGAGGCUCUGGUCCAGGAGCUGGAGGCUGUGGAGGAGCAGAGGGCAGCUGUGGCUCAGGACCUGACUCAGAGCAGGACCCACUCUCAGCAGCUGGACACAGAGGAGCUACAGUACCAGAAGGAGUACAGCGAGUUUAAACGACAGCAGCUGGAGCUGGAUGACGAGCUGAAGAGCGUUGACAACCAGAUGCGUUACUGCCAGAUUCAGCUCGACCGCCUGAAAAAGACCAAUGUCUUUAAUGCCACAUUUCACAUCUGGCACAGCGGCCAGUUCGGUACCAUCAACAACUUCCGUCUGGGUCGACUUCCCAGCGUCCCGGUGGAGUGGAAUGAGAUCAACGCAGCCUGGGGGCAGACGGUGCUGCUGCUGCACGCCCUCGCCAACAAAAUGGGGCUGCGCUUCCAGAGGUAUCGCCUUGUCCCUUAUGGAAACCACUCCUACUUAGAGUCACUAACAGACAAGUCCAAGGAGCUUCCUCUGUACUGCUCAGGGGGCCUCAGGUUCUUCUGGGACAAUAAAUUCGACCAUGCCAUGGUGGCCUUUCUGGACUGUGUCCAGCAGUUCAAAGAGGAGGUGGAAAAAGGAGACACUGGCUUCUGUCUUCCAUACAGGAUGGAUGUGGAGAAGGGAAAGAUCGAGGACACGGGCGGCAGCGGUGGCUCCUACUCCAUCAAAACCCAAUUCAACUCUGAGGAGCAGUGGACCAAGGCGCUCAAGUUUAUGCUCACCAACCUGAAGUGGGGACUGGCCUGGGUCACCUCACAGUUCUACAACAGAUAAAGGACAAUACCUUGUGAUAUUGCGUAGUCACAUGCCCCUCUAAUGAAUGGAUUUCGUGUGAAUCUUAUUACUUGGCCAAAGGAAAAGAAAUGGUUAUGUGUGCACCAUUUUGCAAGUCUCUCCAGCACAAAAGAGUAAUGUUCAAGCUUGUCAGUCCAAAUUGUGUUUUUACAUGUUACAAAGAGGGGAUAAUUUGAUCUAUUUUGCUGAAAAGUGGAGUCGUUAAGUGAGGGCCCACUCUGGAAGCUUUUAAGACGGGCACAGGUUGUAGACACGUCCCUCAAAGCAAGCAGGAGGAGAUAACUACAUGUGCGACGUUUUGUUCCUUUUUAUCGUCUGCUUCGCUAAUUAAUAUCUGGCUUUUUUUCUGAAGAGCUGACGUUGUAUUAAGACAACCUCCCGCCUCCUCAGACUAGAAUGUAAUUUAAAAGAAAUCACCAAAUUUACUGCUAACCACUUUAUCAAGUUCAAGGUAUCCUUGCUCUCCUGUUGCACUGCACACCUUUGAAAUCACUGUGUAACUUUCUCCACAGCGAGAAAAAAUGUCCCAAUUAUAUAAGCUGUUAGAGUGUGAUGUGAUAAUUAUGGUCAAGGAUUUUUAAUAGAUUAACACUGUUUAGUAUUCAACAAGAGUCAGUAUUUCAUAAACUCGAAUGCAGUUUUCCAGUUACAUUUGUACAUUGCAAGUAAACUGUUGUAUUUAGAGGUACACUGAUAAUAGCUCCAUUGUGUUCAUACUCUGCACAUCACAUUCAUUUGACUGCUUUAGAUAUAAUGGAUACUUUUAACAGUGGGAUAUCAGUUAAUAAAACAUUUCAUGCUGUGAAAAAA